AUGAAGAUGCUGCUCAGCUUGAUCGCGGCGGCGGCGGCGGUGGUGACAGUGUUUCAGUUCCAGCAUAUAGCGGCGGCGGAUGAUUUGUUCCAGUGCGGGAUCCCUCGGGCGAGAACACAAUUUCUGAUAAUUAAAGGUGAGACGGCUCUUCACGGCCACUGGCCGUGGCAUGUGGCGCUUUGGUUGACACAGAAGGAUGGUAGCGAGAAGUACGCCUGCGGCGGGACGUUGAUUAGUCAAAAGUUUGUCCUAACGGCGGCGCACUGCGUGCUGAGCGAGAAUCGUCACCAGUUGCUGCGGAGUGCAAAAGACGUAUCCGUUUGGGCGGGGGUUUUUAACUUGCAAAAUCCGGAAGCGGAUACACGGCAGAUUCGAUCGGUCGCCCGAAUUCACAUAACCGGUUACUCGAGGGAUAGUUUGCUGCACGAUAUUGCACUGUUGGAGCUGUCGGAACCGGUCACGUACAGUGGGUAUGUUCUGCCGGCUUGCUUGAACGCGGAACCGAAUCUGCGGACGGAUGUCGGGGCGGUCGUUGGGUGGGGUGUGGCUGACGACGACAAACCGUCGCCCACGCUGAAGAAGUUGAAGCUCCCGGUGGUAGCCGAAUCGGAGUGCCUGAAGAGUGAUCCCUCCAUUUUUGGUGUGGCUCUGCAGAAGGAACUGUUCUGUGCUGGAUUUGCUAAUGGUUCUGCCCCGUGCAAUGGAGACAGCGGUGGAGGUUUGAUGAUGCAACGUGGAGACGCCUGGUACCUGGCAGGAAUAGUUUCGUUUACGAAGGUUCGUGGAAGUGGUUCGGAUCUCUGCCUGGCGGAUUCGUACACGGCCUUUACCAAUGUUACUGCCUAUUGGGAUUGGAUUGAACAGACUACCAACAUUGAUUUCCGCGGGAAAUUCAACGAAGAAAGAAACAUUCCUUGCACGUCCGCGGACGGAGCAGAAGGGACAUGCGUUCCGUUGCAACAGUGCAUUAACAUUUUUAACAUGAUUCGAGCACCUCUGAUUGCUCAGGAGGACGUUUACUACAUCAACCGGUCGGUCUGCCGUAUCGCCGGUAUCCCACGGGCUGUCUGCUGCCGGAAGGAUCAGAUUGAGCCCGUUCCGCUGAAGCCAAACGCUCUGCUACUGCCGAGCGAUUGCGGACGUUCAAGAGUGCGAACCUUUCCGCCUAACCGAGGCCAAAGUACGUCCGUUUUCGAGUUUCCAUGGAUGGCAAUGGUUCGAUUUCAGAUGAAGAAGAAUGGAGUGAUUCCGUUCUGUUUCGGAACCCUUCUGAAUACGCGCUACGUGCUGUCCGUGUCCGGAUGCAUGAGCAAAUUGAAAUCCGUUAAAGUGGACCACGUUCGAUUGGGAGAACACACCGAGUCCACCGACAUAGACUGUAGCUUCGAUGACCAGGGUCGGCGUUUGUGUUCCGACCGUGUGGUCGACGUUAAAAUCGAAUCGAUCAUCCGUCAUCCACAGUUUGACGUGCCAAUGUACACGAAUGACCUUGCGAUCGUUCGCAUGGCUACUGACGUUCAGUACUCAGAUCAUAUUCGUCCAAUUUGCCUACCGUUGAACUCACCACAUCGGACUCACAUCCCGGACGACCUGCUGAUCACUGCCUGGGAUAUGGAUCUAAUGAAAAAGAACCAAUACCAGGGUGAGCUGCGUCGGUAUCCGCAGAAAAAUAUCGACAUCGACACUUGCCAGCGGCGGCUGGAAGCGGUUGGCUUCGCACCUUCCCUCACCGAGGAUCGAAUGUGUCCCCAACAGCUUGGUCCUGAGUACAACUGCCAACGCAUCGCCGGAGCUCCGAUCGGUGCUUACGUGGACAUGGAUGGUGAACGGUUCGUUCAGUUCGGCCUCUGGAAGUUUGCUCCCCUUAAUUGCACCGUCCGAGAGUCGGUUCCCGGGCUAGCCAUGAACCUCGGACGGUAUCUCGACUGGAUCCUGGACAAUAUCUUACCAUCAGACUUAAGCAUAAUAAAAAUGGUUCCGAGCAUUCUGAUCCAGCUCCCAAGCGGGCAUAACCAUAAACUGCGGUAUAUUGGACCUCAAUUCCACUGUCGUGGGCAAACAAAUCGGCCGAAUGGAAUCAGUAUAGUCCACUUCUCGCACCAUUCGCAGCAGAGCCAGAUCGUCCGGCACAGUCCUUCACCUCAUACCCUGUUUUCCGAUCCUUUGAAACAUUACAAUCUUCAUCCGUCGCUUCCGCAUGUUCACCCAAUCGAAUGUAAUCCCUACAAAAUAAAAAUUGAUUCAUUAGAAAUACCCAAAAACCCAAAUAACUUGAACCUCAUCAAAACCUACGGAUCACGUUUGGUCUUCCGCAUGCAUCCGGUGGCCGGUCGGCGCGUUUGGUUGUACCGCACCAGGGCCAUCCAGGGAUGCUCGAACGUCAACCCUUUCGUGCUUUUCGCGGUGAUUUUUCCCAGCUUCGAAACACCGCACUCCUUCGGCAGGAGGGCCAACUUGGCCGGAUUUAGCGGUGCCUCGAUCUCGUUGCCGGCGGGUGCGGCCGAGUUGCCGCACUUUUUUCCUUUUGCUGAAAAGUGUGUGUCUUUAGUUUGUGAACCAGUGUUUAGAAGAAUGCUUCCAAAUUGGUUGUUUUUAUUUGUGACGGCCGCUGGUAGCGUGCUGGGGGCUGAGGUGUUUCAAAAUGCCCAAUUUCAGUGCGGAAUACCGAAACAUGCCAACACUCUGUUGAUAGUCAACGGUGCCGAUGCAAAGAUCAGCGACUGGCCGUGGCAUGCGGCGAUAAGACUUCAUACCGGCGAUGGUCAACCGCAGUACGUUUGCGGUGGAACGUUGAUCAGCGAGAGAUUUGUGGUGACAGCAGCACACUGCACUCUCGAUGACAAUCCCAACAAACUACCCACGAUUUCGGUCCAGCUGGGAGUGAAUGCGGUUGGUUCCCCGGAGGGCAAGGUGUACAAGGUGGAAAAAAUUCAUCGACAUUCAGGAUUUUCGAUACCCGAUCUUAAGGAUGAUAUAGCGUUGCUGGAGUUGGAAGCUCCGGUAGAGUUUACCGAUUUUAUUUUGCCUAUUUGUUUGAGUAAGAAAACUGACAUCGAGCCUGGCAAGCUUGGUGCUGUGGUUGGUUGGGGAUUUACCGAAAAUGACAUUCCGUCGACGAAGCUGAAGCUGGCAAAGCUGCCAGUUGUUGAUAAAAAGGAAUGUCAGCGACGUGAGCCGGAACUGUACGGACGGGUGCUAACGGACAACGUCUUCUGCGCAGGAUAUACUAAUGGUACUUCUGCUUGCAACGGCGACAGCGGCGGCGGUAUUGUGUUCGAACGCGGUGACGCUUGGUACUUGGGAGGAAUAAUCUCUUUCACCCGUUCCAGAGACGGGUCCAGUCUGUGUUUGACGACAACGUAUACAGCCUUUACCAAAACUGGUUCGUAUCUGGAUUGGAUUGCGAAAAUAACGAACAUUGAUUUCAGUGAAGAAUAUGGAAUCGAAAAAACCAUUCCGUGCUCAACACCCGGUCAGGCGAACGGAUACUGCGUUCCGGUUCAACAAUGUCGAAACAUUCUGGACGCUUUACGGUCUCCUCUGCUGUCGAAGGAAAUCGCGGAUCAACUACGACAGACGGUUUGCCAACUGCGUGGCAUCCGUCGGGCCGUAUGCUGCGAUCCGGGUCAAGUCGAACGGAUACCGAUCCAUCGAAAUGCCAUACUGCUUCCGCAAGAGUGUGGUGUGGCCAAGAGAAGCGACCCAACCACAACCGCCGUUCGUGCGAAGGUCUUCGAAUUUCCCUGGAUUGCGCUUGUACUCUCGAGUAAAGCCACUCCGGACAAAAAUCCCUACUGCAUUGGGUCUUUGAUCAACAAUCGUUACGUGCUGACAUCUGCCGGUUGCUUGAAAGCAAAGGAACGCACGGAUCUAGAUUUUGUCCGGCUGGGAGAGCACACGCUGAACCAACCGAAGGACUGUGACAUCUACACCGACCCUAAAACCCGCAACAGUGUAGAGGAAUGUGCGGCCCCUCCACUUGACGUGAAAGCAGUUCUUCCGUUCACGAUCCACCCACUGCACAAUAAACCUUUUAGAGGCAAUGACUUUGCUUUGGUUCGAAUGGAGCAGAAAGUUCCAUUUACCGAUAACAUUCGUCCAAUCUGCCUGCCGGUUCGGGAAGCCUUGCGCAACAAUCUGCCGCACGAUUUCAUCCUAGCGACGUUGGAAACCACCUCCAAACAGGAACUGUUCAAAACCCGUUCCGAGUUCAGCGAAGUUGAGGAAUGCGAAGAGCGCUUCGAAGACUACGGCUACACGCCGUGGGUGACGGACAAGAUGUUCUGCGCACUGGCUCAGGGUCCGAACUUUGUGUGCACCCCGCAUAUGGGCGCUCCGCUGGUUUCGAUGGUUCCGCAAGGUAACGCUGUCCGGGCGGUUAUGUACGGUAUAGCGAUGAUGAAUCCGAGCAACUGCACGAUUGCGCAAACCAUCCCGAAGACCUACAUACGGGUGCCGCUGUACGUGGACUGGAUUCUGGAGAACAUUGCACCGUAAAAAACGUUUUUCACCUUCGUUGGUUAAGAUUAUGUAAAUACUGAUUUGACGGUAAAAAACUGGAAACAUUCCAAAUUAAAACCAUCGGUCUAAGAACGGUUAUUAACACUAUUUGAAGUCAUUAAACAUUUUCUUGUAUGACUCUCUCUUAGAGUUAUAAUCCUUCUUUGAUUGUUCAAGCCUCUUUCCCUAACAAAACGACAUCCACCAACAACUUAAUUUAAUUUGCUCUCAAACUAGGCUGC